AUGUCAAAAUCAAAAAAAAGAUUGUGUAGUGACGAUUAUAUUAAAUACGGAUUUAGUGUAAUUAAGAAAAAUGGAAGUCAUUUAUCACUGAGGUGCGUGAUUUGUCACAUAGUUUUGAGUAAUAAUGCAAUGCGACCUGGACGAUUGGAACGUCAUUUAAUCACUAAUCAUCCCAGUUUAAAAGACAAACCGAUCGAUUUUUUUCAUGCUAAAAUAAACUCGGUAAAACGCAUGAAACUUGAUUCAACUGGACAUUUUGCAAUGGAAAAUGAAAAGCUUAUGGAAGCUUCUAACGAGAUUGCCUUGUUGAUAGCUAAAGACAAGAAACCACACACUAUUGGUGAGUCCCUUGUAAAACCUUGUUUACUUACUGCUUGUAAAACUAUAUUGAACGAAGAGAGUUGUGCUAAAGUUGCAAAAAUGUCUCUGUCAAACGAUACAAUAAAACGCAGAAUCUAUGAAAUGGCUCACGGUUUUAAGAAUCAAAUAAUAGAAAAAUUAAAUAAGUCUCCGUUCUUUUCACUUCAAUGUGACGAAACAACGAACAUUUCACAGAAUUCUCAAUUACUGUUUUAUUGUAAAUUUAUUGAUGAUACAAAAUUCAAGGAAGAAAUAUUAUUCUCUGAAACUCUUAAAACAACCAUAAAGGUGGUUGAUGUAUUUUCUGUUCUUUCUGAUUUUUUGAUAUCUAAUAGCCUUUCUUGGGAGAAAGUAAUUGGUAUAUGUACUGACGGAGCACAAGCUAUAACUGGCUGUAAAAAUGGUUUUAUUCAACUAGUCAAGAAAAAAAACCCUAACAUAAUUGGUUCACACUGCAUCAUUCAUAGACAGGCUUUAGCUUGCAAGACUUUAUCUGAAUUACUAAACUUCGUUUUGAAUUUGGCAAUAAAAAUUGUCAACUGUGUAAAAUCUAGUGCUUUAAAUACAAGAAUUUUUAAUGUUUUGUGUAAUGAGUUGCAAAGUGACCAUCAAACUCUUAUUUAUCACACAGAAGUUCGUUGGCUGUCUAAAGGUAAUAUGCUUGAUAGAAUGUACAGUUUAAAGUCAGAGAUUGAAAUAUUUUUAUUGAGUGCUGGGAAAUUAGAACUAUACAACAAGUUUACAUAUGAAAAAUGUAUUUUUUAUAUAGCAUAUUUAGCAGACUUUUUUGGAUUCCUUAAUGUUCUAAAUUUUAAAGUUCAAGGACAUACAAAUAUUCUGAAGUCGUACGAUACAAUUCAAGCUUUUUUAGAAAAAAUAUCAUUGUGGCAACGCCGUAUUUGUGCGACCAAACCUAAUUUUUCAUCUUUUCCACGGCUUAAUGAACUUCUUGAUGAUACCGAAAAUCACAUAUUAAAUAUCGAGAAUGAGUUUAAGGAAUUGAUUUCAGCACAUCUGGUAUCUUUAAAAGGCCAACUAUCAAAGUAUUUUCCUGAUAUUUCUACAGAGAACUACCAAUUUAAAUUAGUAUUAGUUCCAUUCAAAAUUGAUGUGUACAUACUUCCAGAUUAUCUUCAAGAGCAAACCAUCGACCUUAAGAAUGAUUCACAAGCAAAAGUAGACUUUAAAAAUAAGACUGUUGAAGAUUUUUGGCUGUGUUAUCUCUCUAUAUAUCCGGAAGUUGCCAAUGAAGCUGCGAAGCUAUUGGUUCAGUUUUCUUCCACCUACCUCUGCGAGUCUAGCUUUUCGGCGCUUGCUUGUAUAAAAUCGAAAUAUCGAGCACGAUUGGACGUGGUGUGUGAUUUGAGAUGCGCAUUAUCACAGAUGUCGCCAAACAUAAAAAAUUAA